AUGGCUGAACAGGGUCCUAGUGGCCCUCGAUCGUUUGCAAAUUUUGAUGAAAGCGUUUCUUUUGCGGAGCCUCAAUUGCGGUCUGAAAUGUUGGAUGAUUCAUUUAAGAACGUUAGGUUUGUUCAAGAUCAGUCUGAGGAACUAGCUAAAUUAAGAAUUGAUAAUUUUAACCUACGCUUGUUGUGCCAUAAAUAUGAUGAAGUUUUUAAAAGAGGCCAAAUUGAAAAUGCAGGACUUCGAAUCUACAAUCUCGAACAAGAGAAUAUGAAAAUUCGUGGCCAGCUAGAUCGUGCCUCGCGAAUUUUAUCGUCUUUAAAACAUGAAAAUGAAAGUUUGAGGAAUGAUAAUGAAAAAUUAACGGAAAAUCUUGAGAUCUCCGUUAAUGAGUGGCAAAGGAAGUACGACUCGCUCUUCGCUGACUUUCAAAAACUGAAAGUCUCUGAAAGAAGAUCAGAAAGUCGAUGCGAAGUGAUUGAAAGCGAAUCAUUUCGACUUGAAACUGCGAAAAAUGCUGAGUUGUCAACCCUCCAACAGAUGUUGACCUCUGCUGAAUCAAAAAUUACUCUUUUGGAAACAGAGAUAGCCGAAUUACGUAGCAAAGGUAAUACGUCGAUCGAUCGGCUCUCUGGUUGCAUUGAUGUUGAGGAUAAAGAGAAUGUUGAUUUGAAUGAUCUUCUUACUCCCUUGUCGUCACCCCUCAAAAUGAGUCGGGGUAGCCUUCUGCGUCGGUACGUUGCGGCUCAAGAAAUGUUAAAAUCCCUCAACUCAAACUGUGAUUCUCUGUCAAUUAAUCUCUCCAACUGUCGACACGAACUCUCGAUCUCGGAGAACAAAUUCCGUCUCCUCUUAGAACAGUAUAAUGAUGAAAAAGCUUCUCACUUGAGGGAUCUCGAGCAAAGGGACGAGCUGGAAAAGAAUCUUCAUGAUCGGAUCGCCGAUCUCCUCAGGGAUUGCAGUGAUAAGGACGAGUUGAAUGAGGAAUUAACAGGGGAACUCAAACAAUUGAAGGAAUUUGACGCUCGUAUCAAAGAGGAACACUUGAGGCAGCUAAACAAGCUACACUCGUUACUAGAGGAUAGAGAGCGCGCUUUGUUGGAAAUGUACGUUCCAGAGGCUACUCAUACUCCUACCGAAGAAAGUGAGGUGGUGGCCGAGGUAACUCAAUACCAUCAUGACCCAGAUUCCAGUAUUUUUAACUCGAACGUGGAUGUUGUCACAAAGGAGAAGGCGGAAGAGCAGCAAAUGACGGAUGUGACAUCAUAUGUCGAGAUGAACAAACUCCAACACGAGGUGGCUCUUUUGAGAAGUAAGCUGGUCACACAAAUCAAAGCCAACACUCGUCUCAAGGCCGCUUUCAAUGCCCUCUCCGAGAGCAAUCCUCCCCCUCAAAAGGUCGUCACCGACAAUCCUCCCGUCAACAUAUCAAUUUCCCUCAACCCUUCCAUUCUUGAGGAGGCAGGGAACACAUCUCAAGUUAAUGAAUCCUUCGCUAGUCUUCUUAAUUCCAACAAGAAGGUGUCCCAGACUCUGGACAGAACAGUGAAUGAACUCAAAUCUGCCCUUAGUAGGGUGGAAGCUGAG